AUGUCGCAAAGACUCCGCAUCACCUCGCUCGGCAGCUCCUUUGCCGCUGGACCAGGCAUUGGAUCCAUGGAGAACGAAGCCGCAGGCCGAUCGUCACAGAACUACGCCCAUCAGCUGGCGCGCGCACUCAACGCAGACUUGACCGAUCUCUCAGUCUCGGGCGCCACGCUUCUCAACGUGCUCAAGGAGGAGCAGUUCGCCGGUGGCUGCGUCUUUGAACCCCAGCUCCAUCAGAUUCCGCACGACACGAACAUCGUCACGCUCACAUGCGGAGGCAACGACAUCGACUAUAUCGGAAGCCUGAUAGACAAGCUCAUGCUCUCUCAACUCGGCCCACGACAUCAGCAGGUGCUCGCUUCGCCGAAGAAGUCUUUAACGUCAUGGCAGGCGCUCGCCGAACGUCUUGAGGCGGUUUUGGAUCAGAUUCACGCCGUUGCACCCAAAGCACGGAUAUACAUGGUCCAAUAUCCCGCCAUUAUCGGCAAUCAGACGCGGCCGCUCUACGACCUCGCCCUGGGACCGGAGAAUGUGGUCAAAUGGGACCUCAUGGCGCAGCGGCUCGCGCAUAGCUACGUGGAUGUCGAAAAAUCUCGCUCAGCGUGGGUGGAAGUGGUACCAGUCGCAGGAGUGAGCAGAGAGCAUGGGUUGGGGUCCGCUGAGCCUUGGGUACGAGGGUUCUCGGUGGAUAUGCUAGCACAUGGGCCGGCACCGCUGCAUCCGAACCUGGCGGGACACACGGCGGUGGCGGAUAUGCUGUAUAGGCAGAUCUCGACUGGAGCUGGCCUUUCCAAACUGUGA